GUUAGAGUGUGGGAGGCGCGGCCGGGUUGCUACAGCCAGAGCUGGGCGGCGGCGGGUGCUGCCUGAGGAUCCUGAGGCGGCGCGCCAUGGACGGGCUAGAAGAAAAUGGAAGUGUUGUCCAGGUUGGAGAAUUGUUGCCCUGCAAGAUUUGCGGAAGAACAUUCUUCCCAUUAGCACUGAAAAAACAUGGACCCAUUUGCCAGAAAACUGCCACUAAAAAGCGGAAGACGUUUGAUUCCAGCCGGCAGAGAGCUGAGGGGACUGAUAUUCCCACCGUCAAGCCUCUUAAACCCAGGCCAGAACCACCAAAGAAACCAUCUAAUUGGAGAAGAAAACACGAGGAAUUCAUCGCCACCAUAAGAGCAGCAAAAGGCCUUGAUCAGGCACUCAAAGAGGGUGGCAAACUUCCGCCUCCUCCUCCACCUUCCUAUGACCCUGAUUAUAUUCAGUGUCCGUAUUGCCAGAGGAGAUUCAAUGAAAACGCAGCCGACAGACAUAUAAACUUUUGUAAAGAACAGGCAGCACGUAUUAGUAACAAGGGCAAAUAUUCUACUGAUUCCAAAGGAAAACCAGCUUCGCGGCCACAGUAUAAGCCAUCUCCGCUUAAAAAAUCAAAUCCGCCUGGAAGUACAUCAUCAGGAUCUUCCCGACUACCACAACCAAGUACUACUAGCAAAACCAUUGUAGGUGUGCCUACGGGGAAAGCAUCUUCAGUUAACAGUCCUUUGGGAAACAAACCUCAGACCUUAUCUCCUUCUCAUAGAGCGCUAGCAGCCCCCCAGGCAGGUAAGAUGGACAAGUUAGGCCCUCCACUUCGAACUGGAAGACGUGUGCAAAGGUUGUAUGGCAGUGAUACAAAGUCAAACAGUGCCUUCAAAAGAAAUGAGCUAGUACCCGUUUGCAAAGCUAACACCAAGUCUCGAAAUACCACACCUCCUAGUUUGGCAAGAAAUUCUGUGGCGGGUGUGCUUACCAACAAAAGAAAGACUUUUACUGAGAGCUAUGCAGCCAGACCAGAUGGAGACUAUACAUCUUCAGUUAAUGGUGGAAACAUUAAAGGCAUCGAGGGAAAUUCAUCUGGACACUUACCAAAAUUCUGCCAUGAGUGUGGGACAAAGUACCCUGUUGACUGGGCAAAGUUCUGCUGUGAAUGCGGCAUUCGAAGAAUGAUUCUGUGAACAGAAUCACAGACGCUAAGGGUCCAGGUUCCGAAUUUAAUGAUUAUUGCUGCUUUGACACCUAUGGCACUUCUUAUAGUUAUGUUGUGCUAAAGCUAUUUAUAGUAUCCUUUUCCCUUAGUCUUUGGAACACAGUCCUUUGGCUAAAUAAUGUGUUUAUGUAUAUGUAUGUAUAUAUAUUCUCUAUAUAAUAAAUUUCAUUCUUUCAGCCUGUGUCAUUCAAGGAAAUACUUAAGCAUAUGUUAAAAAAUAGGUUGAUAUGAGAUCACUGUCUUAAGUAUUGCUCUUUGGCUGUCUCGAUGCAUCAGUAAACUUGCACAAGCUCCCACUGUAGCGAUGAGCCCUGUAAGCUUUAGGGUAAUCACACCGCUGAACAAGAAAUUAGAGGAGGUGCUGUCAUAGGAGAAUGAGAUACUGGAGAAACUUAUUCGUUAUCAAUGGGUGUGAGAUCAUCUUCCCAGCUGAACUCAGCAACAUGUUAAAUUCCUUUAAAAAAUGAUGAAAAGGACAACCCGAGGUCCACAUUGCCAUAACUUCAUUACCGACUGAAAGUUUUAAACAGAUAAUCUCCUUCUGUGAACAUGUAACUAUGCAGUCUCCUUUUCAGAACUGUAUCUUCCUCUGCUUAUAACUGAAUGAUCGAUUACCUCCGUCUUAGUUGGCCACGUUUUCUUUUCACUUCCAAUUGUGUUCUGAGAUUUUAUAUUUCUUUCUUUUAGCAUAGCUCCUCCGAAGAGUAGCUUUAGUUUAUUAUUCAGUCUUUGCAGUAUUAAACAUGAUUAUUUAAGGUACACAGACUUUCUGUAAUAUCCUAUGUGUUUAAAAUUUUAUUUCUGUGUAUGUGUGCUUUUAAGAAAUUAAUGCAUUUUAAAACAGAUCACCCCACCCAAUAAAUAAUAAUUGUGGUUCUCAUUAAUUCUCAGCAUGCAGACGAAGCUGCUUUUUAGUUCUUUAUGGUUGGUAUUAUUACAAGUGCAUUGAGUGAAUGUCUACUUUUUCCUAUUCAUAUUCUCUUUAGUGGGAAGGGAGUUUAAGCUUGUGGUACUGAGUCAUUCUUUUGCUCACCUUAUGCUUCCUUUCUUGUUAGACUUUUCCCCUUGUGUCAUACUGAUAAACACAUUCAAAACUGGUCAGCUUUAGUAAGCAGUAACAGUCUGAGAAGACUAAUCUAAGAAGACACUUUAGAUUUUCAUGUUAGUAACUCCCUUUUUCUUUAUUUUUGGUUACAAAUAUCUGAGCUUUUAAUUCACCAGUGUGUUUCUAUCUAGGAAUGAGCACUGUUUCCUUCUGUUGUAUGUUUAGCUCCAUGGAGUCUUUUCUUCUACUUGAGGAGUGGCUGGAUACAUCAGUUUUAAGUGAAUAGGCACGUGUUUGCUGUCAUUGGCUUCAACAGUAGCAAGUCAGUGUUAAGCAUGCUACCAAGAGACAAGCCCGUCAGACACAUUCAGUUUUCAAGCCCAUAGAUCACUAUAAGCAUUAAGUCUAUGAAAUACAUACAGGAAACCUGUUACAGCAAUUUUUAACAUGCCUCUGUGGUCCAUACUUGACUCUCAUGAUGACGUGUUGUGCAAUAGUUUGUAAGCACUCUUCCUAUGCACCAUUCAUUUUUAUUUAUUUGCACAGUUAGUUUCGAGUGUGGUAGGAUGAAAAAUGAUUGUAUGGUUAAGUUAAAAUGGAAAAUAGCUUAUAGAUUGUUCUGAAAGUUAUUCAUUGAAAAUAUGGCCAUCGUGACCGUGGUUGUCUCUCACUUUUUUUUAAGUUAUACAUGAUAUAUCCAUUGUACCAAUAAAAACAUAAACGUAAACUA